AUGGACACCACUGACCUCAGCGCUAAGCGUCCUCGGACUGUCCAGCAGCCAGCUGUGGAGGAGGCCGUCGCCUUCUGGAUCUUGCAGUGCCAGCACCGUGGGGUCGCUCUCACUGGAGAUCUCAUACGGGCCAAGGCUCAUACCUUUGCGGGAUCAAUGGGCGUCUCGGAGGAAAACAUCAGCUUUUCGCAUGGGUGGCUCCACAAAUUCCAGCAACGCCACAAACUGCGAGCUGUCCGCAUUCAUGGCGAGAGUGGCUCAGCAGAUAUGGGCGCUCUAGAGGAGGCUCUUCCACACCUCAAAGCCGUGGUUGCUGGUUAUGCGCCACGUGACGUGUACAACAUGGACGAAACUGGUAUGACGCCCGACAAAACGAUCGCCCAGCAAGAGGUCGAAGGGUUCAAAAAAGACGAGACGCGCAUCAUAGUUGCUCUCACGGCAAACGCUGAUGGAUCCGACAAACUCCCGCCGUUCUUCAUUGGACACGCCAAAAAGCCGCGGUGUUUUGAGCACAAGACAGCUGAGCGACUGGGCUUUCUCUACCGCAACAACAAGAAAGCCUGGAUGACUGGCAUACUCUUCCAGGAAUGGCUGGGAGACGUCGACAAAAGUAUGAAGGUAAUUUGGGGCAUGCCUUGA